UCUAAUAUUCAGUACAAAGACACCAAGGGCAUCCCCAUGCCGGGGUCCCCGCCUGCCCCGCGGGGAGGAGGGUCGGCUCCCGGAGCGAUGCUUUGGGAGGGAGGGGGAGGGCUAAAGGGGACCCCCAUCUCUUCCCAAGGCUGGGAUGCAGGGGAGAAGGCUUACAGCAUUUCUGGGGUGGUGUCUUCAGCACAGCAAUGCUAUUUUUUCCCCUAGAUAGGGGCUGGGAUGGGGACAGAAGGGGGGACACAACCCUAAAUCCCAGCAUUGACCCAAUUUAUCUGGGAGGUACCAAAUCCUUCACAGCUGUUUUUAUUGCCUGCCCAGAAAUGCACCUGAUUUGGCUCUUUCUGUGACGAUCAGAUGCAAUAAAUUGGAAGAACAUCCUGGGCACCCAAGUCAUCCAUGGCUCUGGGCAGAGAGACCACUUAACUUCAGACUGCACCCCAAGGGAUGGAGUUCAUGACCAACAGAGAUGUGAUGUGCAAGCUGUGUAGGGUCCAAUUCAUUCUGCCAGUAGACCAUGCUGGGCUUGCUCCAGUCCACAGGUCUCUCACAGGACAAUCAGUGAAUGGGCAGUGGCUUGGAAGAGGCAAGAGCAAGGCGGAGAACAUCUGCUCAUGGACAUCUGAGGCACAAUCUGGUACGAUGUGGAAAGCCCAUCUAGCCCACAGGACGCUUGUGAAGCUGUAAAGCCCACCUAAGCCAUGGGGCAUCCUGCAUCCCUCCCACAUGCUGUUCCCUCCUCACCCACAACAGCCUCUCCUGGCCAGGCUGGCUGGUACCUCCUGGAUUAUGGGGCCAGAUUUCCUAAGGUUAGCGGAGUUUGCCUGAAAAAGCCAACUGACUUUUGCCCUUUGGUAACAAGGGCUGGCUCCCAGCCAGGACCUAUGUCGUAGACUUUGAAGAGAUGGAGAGGUUGUACCUGGAGCCAAGCCUUUGUGCGAGCCCUGAGUGGGUGGGGUGGCUGUGGAACAUGCUAUAAAGAAGCAUUAAGGAGCUGAGCAAACAAUGCAAGCUGAAGCAGAGGAAGGAGAAGCAAUAUGGGAGAGCUUCAUGUCCGCUCCCUUCUGGUGACUGGGGCCAACCGGGGAAUUGGCCUGGAGCUUGUGCGGCAGUUCCUGGGGAUGCCAAGCCCACCCGCAUGGGUCUUUGCAGCUUGUCGGGACCCCAAGGGACAGCGAGUGCAGGAGUUACAGAAUUUGGCCUCCAAGCACCCCAACCUGGUCAUCAUCCCACUCGAAGUCACUGACCCCGCCAGCAUCAAGGCAGCUGCAGCCAGAGUUGGGGAGCACCUGGGGGGCUCAGGGCUGAACCUCCUCAUCAACAACGCUGGAAUUGCAAAGGCGAGCUCACUUGAUAACGAGACGCUGGAGAACAUGACCCAGAUUUACACCACCAACACAGUUGGGCCCCUGUUGCUGGGCCAGGCGUUCCUGCCCUUGCUGAAGAAGGCUGCCCAGGGGAGCCCGGGCUCAGCACUGAACUGCAGCAAGGCAGCCAUCAUCAACAUGUCCAGCUCUGCAGGCUCCAUUGAGGAAGUCUUUUUAUGGAAUUAUGGACAAGUUGUCUCAUACCGCUGCAGCAAGGCUGCUCUGAACAUGCUGACCAAGUGCCAGUCCCUGGGGUACCGGGAGCAUGGCAUCCUCUGCGCUGCUCUCCACCCUGGCUGGGUGCAAACCAACAUGGGGGGCUCAGGAUCACAAAAGGAGCCGGAACACCGCUGUGUGCACAGCCCCCACGCCAGCAACGGUGGCACAGCCUCUCCAGCUGGGACCAAUGAGCUGAACAGUUCAUCUGGAGUGCACAAGGAUGGUGCUGGAGACCCUUUGGUGAAGCCAAAGAAGGAGGUGGAGAUCGUGGAGGAGACGUUUCCUUCUCACCCUCCUGCUACAGGAGUUAACCCAGACGGACGAGGGGACAAAGAUGGAAAACCUGUGGCCGGAUGCAUUUCCAACACUCAAGAAUCUCACCUCCAGUGAGAUCCUUAUGAUUUGGGACAGCGUGUCGGAAUGCAUUAGACAGCACUUGGCACAGGAUAGGGUGGGUCUUGCAUCCUCUUCCUCCCCUUGUGAAACCCUGAGGGCUUGCCUUGUCCGGACAAUGCUGUGCCACCAAGUGCCAUCACUUCCCCACUCUGAAAGCAGAAGCAGUCGCCUGGUAGGACACUGCUGUCAACAAACAUGGCACAGACCAGC